AUGGAAAACGUUCCCGUUGAGCUACUAGCCAGGAUCUUUUCUGGCCUGCCGUACUUUGACCUUCUCGCCGUGUCUGCUGUCUGCAAUCUUUGGUACCAAAUUAUCCAAGAGGACACAUUUAUUCGUCAGUUGAUGUUCAAGACGCCGAGCCCAAACUCUUCCCAGCUGGUUAACGGAGAGGCAGUGCAAGGGAAUUUUGACAAUGUUGCGAACUCCCCCUACUGUCGAAAUAUUCGUCUUCAUCCAGCGAUCACAAGGAUGUCUUAUUACAUGGGCCAAGAAUUCACCUCGGUUGGAUUCCACUCCCGUUCGCCGGAUGCUACCACGCGGUUCUUGCCUUUGGCUCAACAAAUGAUUUCUAAAGAUUUCGCUUCCGCACCUUCUGUUGAGAAAAUGGAAGUAGAAAUCUGUCCGCAACAGCAACUUUGCGCCCAUCUCAAAAAUGCUCUCUGUAUCAAGUUUACAGUCCGCAACUUGAAUGGAGUGCGUGUGGGGGAUUUAUUUACCGCGCUGGCGACGGGAACUCGAAAAUCAUGCGAUCUAAUUUCCUUUGUUUCCGGCGGCGGAUUUGGUGCCCGUCUCCACCCUGGACAGAAAAUGGCCAAGGCAUUGAAAGCUGAGAUCCUUGGAGAAAACAGGUGGCUCUCAAGUGUUGGUUCAGCUGUCUUGGAAAAUUUAUACCCUCGCUCUCGCAUCAUGUCCAAAAAGGCGAACCAUCAUCAACUUGUCAUCGACACCAAAUCGACACCCAAGCUCGUGACCCAGGUGAAUUCAUCAACUCACUCCACCGAUCCCGCAAUACCACUUAGUUUGCCGGUUGAAGGGCAUGACAAUGAUCCAAGCCAACGUUUGGGCCAACGCGAUCUGUGUGGUGUAUCAAUGCUGCUCGCUGUUAAGAACCAUCCUAUUCUCUCAAAACUCACCGAGACUCCGCUAUAUUAUGCCAGUGACAGCAAUGAACAGCAGCUGCAAUUUACCAUCCUGUACGACACCCUGCGCUCGUUCGACGAUGUGGUUUUCCAGCUUAUCGAAGCGCGAAAAAGGGCGGCCGUCUCAGAUCUCAACAAUCUCACUGCACUACGGCAACACCGAGUAAACGCGUUCGAACAGGAGGGUAUUUAUUCAUUGGCAUAUAUAGUGGGCCAGCCCGCAAUCUCAGCCUGUAUCUUUUGUACUCCCUCAACUCCCAUGGACCAGCCGUAUCAGCCUGUUCAUAACCCAGGAGAUUUCACCAACGAAUUCAAAGAGCCCGACAAUCGCUCCCAGCCACCUUACGAUGCUCAACGAAGGGCAAGAGCCGAAGGCGUGUCAGCAAGGGCGCUUCUCGUCGGUGGCGCAACUGUAAUCGCCCUCUUUGGCAUGAUGGCGGCCCUCCUCUGCUAUGUCUGUGUCGCCAACGAGUGCACCGUCUCGGGCACUGUCCUAACGACAACAGCUGCCCUCGGAAAGGUUCUCACUAUCUCUCAGCUUGCUUCGCACGUCGCUCCCGUUGUUGUUCCUCUCGUAAUGGGGCUGUGUGCAUUCCAAAUUGGAGCCCGGUGGCUGCAAUCCAGCCAAAGAUUUGACGGGAAUCGGCCUUCUCCUUUGCAGCUCGGUCUGCUCAUGUCCAUUUGCAACAGUGCCAACCUAUCGGCCCUCUUUCAAGCUAUUAGGUACAUGCUGGGGGCAAACAAAGAUCUCAAAAAGCAGACCCUUCCAAGUCCGACUCUCAUGAAACGCUCCGUAGUGCUCCUUUUCACUCUACUCACUUUGAUCUAUGCAAUCUCGGGCGCGGAUGCCUGGUUCCAUGCAAGUAGCAAAGCCACUUUGAUUCAAAAGCAAACUUCCUUUGUUGGAACCCCUGGCCAAGUGGCCUUUGGACGAGCGAUCAAUGAGACGAGAUGCCAGGAGGCUUCGACCAGCACUGUCGGAGGCCCCAUAUAUACGAGUAGCUGUGGGUUAUUUAACGGACUGGCGGCCCAUGACAAUGCUGCAUUUCCUGAAGGGUUGAGAGCGGUUUCGAAUUCCUCAAACAUUAACAGAGUGGCCUUCACUGACGACCAGACGGCGAUUCUGGCACCGUCAAACGUUCCAUCCAACACUUCCUUCAGCGCCAACACCAUUGGCGUGAAAACGUCAUGCAUCAGCAUAACGAAGGAAUGCCUAAAGCAAACUACGUCGGGCGGGUUGACUUCCUAUGGGCCUGCUGCUUAUCUCAACAUCAACUGCACAGGACAGCAUGUAUACAACUUGACUUUGCCUGGAGCCUCGAUCCCCGAAGGACCAUUGGAUUCUUUGGGAAAUGUCGUUCCCGGUUAUCAAGUUCCAUCAAAAGGGUGGUUUGUUCACGGAAAUGCAGGAGCAUACAACGUCAUCUACUGCAGUCUUUCGGCACUGAAUGUGGACUACACAUACACUGGUUCGCAGUAUAUCCUCGACCAAGCUUCACCAGCUUCUGUUCAAGAUACGCAGUAUAUCGUCACCGUCGGAUUUGGAUCGAGCCCGCUUGGCACCGUGAAGUCUACGGUGGAGGGCGCGGGAAUCCAAACAGUGACUACGUAUGAAGAAGCUUUCAGCCUAGAGCUUUCGAGAAGGAUACUGGGGCUGGGUGCGACUCUGUUUAUCGUGAUAUUUGUAUCUAUCCAUGUCGUUGUGAGCACUCGUGGGGUAGGCUAUGUACGGCUUGCAGCGUUGCACAUUACCGAACCUCUUGUGUUGGUGAACGCGCUGUAUGGACCUGUUGAUUGGGCGUCGUCUUGGAAUAGCGAGGCGUUUGGAAAGUUUAUUGUGGAGGGUGAAGGAGAUAGACUUUUUGCAGGUGCGGUUGGCGUACAGGGUGGCGAAGUGUUUGCAGUAGGGAGACGUGAUGCGCACGCAAAACGAUCACGAUAAACUACUUGUACUGUAUGAGAGGAUCUGCGCAAUGUGAGAUGCCAACUC